GUUCCGGGCGUACGCACCACAUACACAAAUCCCCGCUCUACCACAACGCGCGUGUUCAAGUCCGGUAAAUGUGUACCGAUUGUACGUCUUUGUCGUCAUCUUCGUCUUUGCUGUGAUUCAAACACUAAACCAUCGAGGUGAUAUUCACAUUCAUUGAUAAGUUGACGAUGGCAGAUUAUCAAUAUGGAUUGUCUAGUAUUCAGGACAAUCAUAUUCUGCAUCAAGUUAUUGCUAAACGAAAAAAAAUGUGCGAAUCUGUCAUAAAUGACCCACCAGUAUCUGACAGUAAUGCCUGGUGUCCCGGAGAAUUUGAUGGCUGGACGUGUAUUAAUCGGACAAAGGCUGGCGAAGUAGCCAAAUUUCCAUGUCCUUAUUUUAUUUUGGGGUUCGAUACAAAACGUUUUGGCCAGAAAAUAUGCCUGUCGGACGGCUCGUGGUUCAAGCAUCCGGACAGCAACAAGACGUGGUCCAACUACACUACGUGCGUCGAUCUCGACGAUCUAAAGUUGAGGAAUCAAGUCAACAUGAUUUACAAAUGGGGAUACACGGUAUCGCUAGCUGCAUUGGCGGUUUCCAUUUUCAUAUUCUUUUAUUUCAGGAGCCUCACGUGCACUAGGAUACAGAUACAUAAAAAUCUGUUCAUAUCGUUGGCAGUCAAUAAUUGUCUGUGGCUGGUGUGGUACGAAGCGGUGGUCGACAAUUUGCCGGUACUGAUGACGAACGGGCUGGGCUGCAAAUUGCUGCAUGUUUUGGUUCAAUACUUUCUGGUGGCUACAUACUUUUGGAUGUUUUGUGAGGGUCUGUACUUGCACACGCUGUUGGUUGUCACGUUCCUUACCGAGUCCAAAGUGAUGCCGUUCUUGCACACGAUAGGCUGGGGUAUACCGGCCUUAUUGGUGUCCACAUACGCGGUUCUCCGGACAACCACUCCUGGCGAGACUUUACACUGUUGGAUACACGAAUCUCUUUACUCAUGGAUAUUGUCGGGCCCGGUCUGCUUGUCAAUGUUGGCUAACCUCGUAUUUCUGAUAAACAUCGUCAGACUACUGCUAGUCAAGUUACACGCCCGGCAGAUCACCAUGUCCAGUCCAAAGCACGCGGCGCCCAGGGAACGGACGCAGUCGUUCAGCCUCCGAAGCUUCAAACGGAACAAUUGCAGUGUGGACAGCUAUGAUAAAGCACCGGCGUCAUCGAGUCGGACAGGCAAAGCUGUCCGGGCUACACUCAUUCUGAUACCGUUACUCGGGCUUCAGUACAUUGUGACACCGUUCCGACCGGAACCCGGUACUUCUUGGGAGCCUGUGUACCAAGUUACAUCCGCAGUAGUCGCCUCGGGCCAAGGCUUGUGCGUGGCGCUGUUAUUUUGCUUUUUCAACGGAGAGGUACUUUCCGAAAUGAAAAAAUGGUGGAAACACUGCUGGAUCAACAAAAAUAGAUCGUGGAAUCCUUGCUUAAGAGCCACGUCUGUCUCCUCGCCGCAAAAUCACCCACGUCUAUUGGUGACUGAAGACCAACAGACCCAGAGGACUGGGAGCAUACAAGUUUUGCCGCGAAAAGAUUCUGCUGAAUGUUUUCAAAAUGUUCAACUCUAGAACACACAAAAAACGCGUUACGAC